UGCAAGCUCUUAGUAAUUAUUCUUCAGAAGCAAUGUAAAAAUCUUCCUCACUCUGCAUUUGCAUUGACGUCUAGUGAGCACAUCUGAACGAAGCCCCCAUGAGUUUGAUCAACACGGUGUUGCCGCUACUAAAAGAUCUGUGGGUGGACUGGGGGAUUCAUUUCUUGGUCACCGUAAGCCUUACCUGCCAGAUUUUUCUCACAAUAUUAGGCAUUCGCCGGAAAUAUACGAGGUCGAAUUUAGCUAGAUCCAUUGUCUGGGCUGCCUAUUUGCUCCUUUCUUAUGUUGCGAAAAUUGCGCUGGGCAAGCUUACUGUGGUCCGCAUCGAUGAUCCUGAAAAUCCGGGUUACGACGUGGAGUUGCAAGGGCUGUUUGCGCCAUUGCUUCUGAUGCAACUUGGGUACCCAGAUAGCAUAACGGCCUAUCAGGUGGAAGAUAACCGGCUGGGAGUGAGACAGAUUCUGAACAUCGGGGCUACAGUCGUCUUCGUGGUUCGUAUUCUCAUUCGCUGUUGGGACGGCUCGUCCCCAGUCUCAUGGCUGUACAUCCCAUUGUUCAUUGCUGGAUUCAUAAAGGCGGCGUUGUGGGUCUGGGCUCUCAAAUCCGUGUAUGACGAGAACUCAAUUGUGAACGCCGAGUACUUUCCCAAAGUAGCCACCAAGGAAGUCAGGGAAGGCAGGGCUGAGCUCAAAAUGUUCCCCGAGGACAAGAAGUUCGACUCCUCAAAGGACAUCUUGAAGGCCUACUUUCGGUUCGACUGUCUGAAGCCCCACCUCGUGAACUGGCCGUACCACCCUGUGUUCACAUCCCGCGAUUGGAUGUCCAUUGACAGCUACCCUGCCAACCGCGCUUUCAUCGUGAACGAGAUCGAGCUGAACUUCAUGUUCGACGCGCUCUACACUAAAGCACCCAUUCUGUACACAAAACGCGGCAUCAUAGGCUGCACUAUCGGCUUCUUCUGCUUGGUGUAUGCCUUGUGUAGAUUCGCCGUGAUCUUCAAGAAGGCCUUCUUGAUCGAUAUGUACAUCACCUAUACCUAUGCGUUACUGAUGGCAGUCACAUGUCUCGAGCUUUAUCAGAUCACGACGUUGGCAUUUUCAGAUUGGGCAGUGGUGGCGAUGGGUAGGAACCUUGGGAUGCCGCUCUUCUCAAGGCUCCUCCCGUUUCUGGCUGAUCGGUGCAUAAGGAAGAAAAGAUGGUCGAGGUCGAUAGGGCAGCUCAAUUUGUUAGACCACUGCCACAAAGAAAGGCAAAAGCCCGUUCAUGUGGUACUUGAUUGGUUUGGUAAGUGGGAUCCCGUCCGCGCGGUAUUUGAUUGGUUUGGUAAGCGGGAGAUCUUUAGUUGGCAUUGGUUACACUCCCGCCAGCCCAUGCCCUUGUGCCUCAGGGCGCUGGUACUACGAAAGAUGGCGGAGCUAGAGGAGAAAAGAAAAUACGGGCAAUUCAACGAAAGAGGCAAGUGGACGCUCGAGAUUCACGGCAUCCAAGGGAAAAAAGGACUGAGCAAUAGCAUCGAGGCAAAAUUUGCAAACAGCAUCAUUAUCUGGAACAUCGCCACGGAAGUCCUACUAUCAUUGGAAAUCGAGAAAUCCGAUGCUUGUGAAGGAAGCAAAUUCCUAUCAGAGUAUAUGAUGUACCUUCUCGCUCUACAUCCUCACGUAUUGUCCCUCCCCACCGCCAACAUGACACUGGACGACGCUUGUUGCACACUAAGGCUGUUCUUGAGGUACCGAGACUAUAAAGAAGCAAUCAGCGAACUGUCGUCACUGGACGGAGAUGUCCCACACCCGGUCAGACCAAGUAAGGAGAUGACGAUCACUGGCGACUGGCACGUGUUGUCGGAGGUGCAGAAGCUCGUGGCCGACAUUAGGACGAUGGACAACAAGUGGGAGCUCAUCAGCAGCAUCUGGGUGGAGAUGCUGUGUCAUGCAGCAUACAACUGUCAUGUGUAUCGCCAUGCCAAGCGACUGAGAAGAGGAGGUGCGCUCAUCACUCAUGUGUGGCUCCUCUUGGCUCACAAGACCGACAAGUUCCCUUAUGAAAACCCCAAACGUUGCCUCGACAUCCCAGAAAUCUCCCUCCUCGGAAAAAGGUUCUUCUAGUUGCUUCCAAAGGAUUUUCGGAGGAGGGAUGACCAAACCUUGUAUGCUAAAACUUUACACGACAGCUAAAACUUUAAGCCACAGUUUGUGGUGUAUCCGAGUAGAAGGUCUUGAGCUCACAUGGUA